UUGUUUGUAGAAUACGCAUUUCUCGAAGGUUAUUUGCGAGCAUUUGCUUUGAAGCAGGAACCUGACCUAUUGCAAUGUCAUGGUCGUGGAAUAGAACAGACUCUAAUGAAUCCGUUAUCGCAACAACCUCAACCAGUUGUGUCUACACAGUUUACUGUUCAAAACUUGACAGGAUUGUCGCAGCUGUCAACUUUAUCUUCAAUGCCUCCCUGUUCAGCUUCCACCGCGUCAGAAUCACCACCAUUUGAGCCAAAGCCAUCCACGUCAGGAUUGAAUAGCAAUUCUUUACAAGUUACCUUCGAAAUUUUUCUGAGAUAUGCUUGGAACAAAAUAUUCAACUUUCAAGCUGAAAACGGUUCGGAAGAGGCAGAUGAUAUCCAGGGGACUAGUACUGGAAGGCGUAAACGAUCAACACAUACGAAGGGAAAUAAAUUGUGGGAAUUCAUAAGAGAUGCAUUAAAGGACCCAGAAACAUGCCCGAGUAUAGUAAGGUGGGAAGAUCCCAAGGAAGGAGUGUUUCGUAUUGUUGAGUCCGAGAAACUAGCACGUUUGUGGGGGAAGAAAAAAAAUAAUGCGAAGAUGACUUACGAGAAACUGAGUCGUGCGAUGCGGACUUACUAUGACAAGCAGAUUUUGGUGCCUGUUCCAAAAACGGGUUUAUACCCUAAAAAGUUAGUAUAUAAAUUUGGCCCUGGAGCUGAAGAAUGGGAGAAAGCAACUAAAGUGGAUGGAAUAGAUGUGACUGGACUUGAUGAUAAUGGCGAAUUUACGAAAUAUAUGUUUUUUAGGUAUUAUUAUAAUACAAAAAUUUUGCUACCUGUAUCUGGUCGAAGAUUAGUAUAUAAAUUUGGCCCGUCUGCGCAGGGUUGGAAACAAGGCAGUGUAGUUCUCUUGGACACCAGUGGAACCAUUAAUAACUGUCAAGUGAAUUUUAUUCGUGGUAACUUUAUCCGGCAACAACCGUGUUUGAACGUUGACUUAGACGCUGAAGAAAAGCCGGUCGACGGUACAUCGGGUAGCCGACAGUGUGAGGGUAGUUGCAGCAGCGAAAUCUCGGAAGAUGAUGAAGAUGUUUGCUAUACAGAUGGCAAUGAUGAGCUGCGCCAGAACUAUAGGCUGCAGGACACGUCUAACCAACCGCCAGUUGUAAUGUUGCUGAAUCGACCAAUGUAA